GUGUUAUAUGUUAUUGUUAAUGACGUAUCGUAAAAGUAAUCAUUGUCAGAAUGAUGUAUUGUGAAAAUGAUAAAAUCGAGUUAAAUAAAAUGGAAGUGAAACAAGAAGUUAAUAAAAAUGAAUACACAUGUAAGGAAGAAAUAGACAAUGAGGGAAGUGCUCUUUUUAAUACCCUUAAAGUUGAGAUUAAGGAGGAGCCCAAGAGGGAAGCUAUAAAUGAUGGAUUUGAUUAUUUAGUAUUAAAGGAGAACUCUAUAAAGACAGAAAAAGAACCAUAUGAAGACAAAUUCAUACCAUUUGAAGAAAAAGAAACACGUGAUAAAGGUUUUCUCCAUGAAGAUAUACAAAGUGAUGAACAGUUAUUUAAAGACUAUAUUAGAAUUACCGCUGAUAUGGACCAAUGUUUAAGUGCCUCGACGAAUAUGAACACCGAGGAAAACUACUUUACCACUGAAAUUUGCGAUGUACUUUUUUCAACAAAGAAUCAUUUAGAACCAGAUACGAAGGUUUCCGUUGGAGACCAAGUUUUCACGUGUACAAUGUGCAUUAAAAACUUUUCAGAAAGUUCGCAUUUAAAAUCAAGUGUAAACAGUCACGUUGCAAGAAAAAAACAUUUAACGUGUGGAGAUUGUUCUAAAGAGUUUAAUAAAGAUAGUAUUUUAACAGUACCUACUGGAGAAAAUACUUUUCCAUGUAAAAUUUGCUGCAAAAGUUUUUCACAAAGAUCCAAAUUAACAGAACAUAUGAGAGUACACACUGGCGAUAAACCUUUUGCAUGUUUAAUUUGCUCCAAAAGUUUUUCACAAAAAUCCAAAAUAACAGUACAUAUGCGAGUACACACUGGCGAAAAACCUUUUGCAUGUGAAAUUUGCUGCAAUAGUUUUUCACAUAGAUCCAGUUUAACAGUUCAUAUGAGAAUACACAGUGGCGAUAAACCUUUUACAUGUGAAAUUUGUUCCAAAAGUUUUUCACAAAGAUCCAAGGUAACAGAACAUAUGAGAGUACACACUGGUGAUAAACCUUUUGCAUGUGAAAUUUGCUCUAAGAGUUUUUCAAAAAGAUCCUAUUUAACAGAACAUAUUAGAACACACACUAGCGAUAAACCUUUUGCAUGUGAAAUUUGCUGCAAAAGUUUUUCUCAUAGAUCUAAUUUAACAGAACAUCUGAGAAUACACACUGGCGAUAAACCUUAUGCAUGUGAAAUUUGCUCCAAAAGUUUUUCACACAGAUCCGGUUUAACAGCUCAUAUGAAAGUACACACUGGCGAUAAACCUUAUGCAUGUGAAAUUUGCUGCAAAAAUUUUUCACAUAGAUUUAGUUUAACAGCUCAUAUGAAAGUACACACUGGCGAUAAACCUUAUGCAUGUGAAAUUUGCUGCAAAAGUUUUUCACAUAGAUUUAGUUUAACAGAACAUAUGAGAAUACACACUGGCGAUAAACCUUUUGCAUGUGAAAUUUGCUCCAAAAGUUUUUCACAAAGAUCCAAGUUAAGAGAACAUAUGAGAGUACACACAGGUGAUAAACCUUUUUCAUGUGAAAUUUGCUCGAAAAGUUUUUCAAAAAGAUACAAUUUAACAAUACAUAUGAGAGUACAUACUGGCGAUAAACCUUUUGAAUGUGAAAUUUGCUCCAAAAGUUUUUCACAUAGAUCCAGUUUAGCAGAACAUAUGAUACACACUGGCGAUAAACUUUUUGCAUGUAAUAUUUGCUCAAAGGAGUUUUUACGAAGAUCGACGUUAACAAAUCAUAUGAGAGUACACACUGGAUGUAUUUCGGAAAUUCACUGAAAUUUCACAUGUAAAUCUUUUGCAUUUACAAUUUGCAUCAAAAAUAUUCACAAAGCUCCUAUUUAAAAAAAAAACAUAUGAGAAUACACACUGGAGAUCAGUUUUGCAUGUUAAAUUGACACCAGUUUUUUUAAAAAGAUCCAGGUUAACAGAACAUACAUAUUAUAUAAGAAUACAUACUGGAGAUAAACUCUUUAAAUGUGAAAUUUGCUGCAAAUUCUUUUCAUAUCGGUUAUAAAUAACCCUUCAACAGGUUAUAAAAGAAUACACCGUGGGGAUAAUAAAAUUGCAUGUGAAAUUUUGUUAUUUACCUAUGAAAAAAUGCUAGAAAACAGUAAUGCAUUUAAUAGUAAAAUCUGGACUAGCGGAAUUCAUCUUUUUUAUUUAUAGUAGUAAUUAACAAGCGAGUCUUUACAUAAAAGCGUUUUAUACCAUUUGUGAUUAAUAAAUAAACACAAUUUAAUACUG